AUGCGCAUUGUUGAGCCAGUACAAUUGCUUUUGGCAUUGCCAUUCAUUACUCUGGUUUCAGGUUUCCCCGGAACAGAGAAUUCUCACAAUGGCGGCCAAGCUCAUCGGGCUCUGCACAAGAGAUGUCCGUACGCCAGUGCCGAGUCUAAUGCCUCGCCAGGGCUCGAAAAGCGAUUUCUCUUUGAUUCAAUGGCGUCACCUGUUGAUGUAACCGGAGAGCACGAAUUCCAACCGCCCAACCUUACAGGCGGUGACCAGCGUGGCCCUUGCCCAGGUCUUAAUGCGUUGGCAAACCACGGGUAUAUCCCGCGAAACGGAGUAGUUUCAUUUGGGAAUGUGAUCACAGCAAUCAACGAAGUGUACGGCAUGGGAAUUGAUUUGGCAACGGUCCUGGCAAUCAUGGGCACUGUUUGGACAGGGGAUCCUUUGUCUUUGGAUCCCAGCUUUUCUAUUGGAGAUCGCGACACCGGUGUAAACAACCUUCUGGGAAAUCUAGGGGGACUCCUUGGCGAGCCUCAAGGACUUAUUGGCUCCCACAAUUUCAUCGAAGCGGACUCAUCCAACACGCGGGACGAUUUAUAUGUCACAGGGAACAAUUACGCGCUCAACAUGGAAAAGUUCAUGUCCUGGUAUAAUAUGUCUGUCGAUGGUACAUUCGAUAUGAAUCUUAUGGCCAAGCGGGCAAAGCUGCGGUUUGAGGAGACAAUCCAGACCAACCCGAACUUCUACUAUGGACCUGUGACAGGCCUUAUUGCACGCAAUGCCGGCUACAUCUUCCCAGGCCGGCUGUUUCGGAACCAUUCCCGGGAGAACCCAGAAGGAAUUUUGACCAAAAGUCAUCUUCGAAACUUCUACGGCAUCUACGGCGAAGAUGGUAAUCUUACCUACCGGGAAGGAUGGGAAAGAAUUCCCGAGAACUGGUUCAAGACCCCUGUGGACUACGGUCUCUUGCAGCUUAAUCUGGACACUAUUGAUUGGAUGGUGAAGUAUCCAGAGCUUGGGAGUAUCGGAGGCAAUAUGGGCAAGGUCAACACCUUUGCCGGCGUCGAUCUAGCAGAUCUGACCGGUGGAGUUUUCAACCUAACAAAUCUGUUGGAGGGUAACAACUUGCUGUGCUUUGUUUUUGAAGUGCUGAAAUUCGCUAGCCCCAAUGCGCUUGCCAGUUUAUACAGCACUCUAGCUGAACCCUUGGACUUCGUGGGUAAUGCUUUAUCAGUUUCUUUGUUGAACUUUACUUGUCCAGCAUUCCAAGACCUUCAAAUUGGUGGCAAGCCUUUCUGGGAGGCCAUCCAGAACGAUUUCCCGGGUGCUUUGAAGAGUGGUCGUGCCUUCUGA